GCAGUUUUUUUUCUUUCUGUCUAGUACUGAAACUGUAUUAAAAAUAUUUUUUUAAAAUGGAUAAUGAGUUUUAUGAUAGAUCAACAAGUUUACGCCUCCAAUUAGGUUAUGGAAUUGGUCAUGUUUUAAAUGAUGUGUGUGCCAGUUUAUGGUUUACAUAUUUUUUGGUAUUUUUCCAUUUGGUUCUUGAAUUUACCUCAACUCAAGCAGGAAAUUUGAUGCUCAUUGGUCAAGUAGUUGACGCGUUAGCUACACCCUUCGUUGGCUAUCAUUCAGACCACACUGAUAAUUAUUUAAGUGCAAAAUAUGGGAAAAGAAAACUGUGGCAUUUGUUUGGUACUGUUUGUGUCCUGUUAUCAUUUCCAUUUAUAUUCAUGGACUGCAUUGGAUGUUCAAUGGCUCACAAAUGGGCUCAGAUGUAUUACUUUGCAUCAUUUAUUUUAAUUUUUCAAAUUGGAUGGGCGGCUGUACAGAUUUCACAUUUAAGUUUGAUACCUGAGCUUGCAGAAGACCCACAUGUUAGAACACAUCUUACGGCUAUUAGAUUUGGGUUUACUGUAUUUUCAAAUUUAUUUGUCUACAUUAUCACAUGGAUUGUUUUACACAUGACUGGUGAAUGUGAUAAAGAGCAAGUGGGACCAAGAGAUGCAUGGAAGUUCAGGCAUAUUGUUUAUAUAGUACUUGGUGUGGGAACAGUAGCAUCUGUUUUGUUCCACAUAUUUGUGUCGGAAGGUAGAGGAUUGAGACAACAACAACCUUUAAUUGAUUAUAAUGAUAAUAACAGAGUUCAUUUCAGUAUAUUUCGCAAAGGUAUAUUGUACCAGGUAGCAAGUAUAUACAUGAGUACAAGGCUUGUAGUCAAUAUAUCUCAGGUGUUUAUACCUUUGUACUUACACAAGACGUUGGGUUUAGCGGCUAGAUCAUUAGCAGUGAUACCUCUAGCCAUGUACCUGGGCAGUUUACUAGCCGCUGGGGCACAGAGAUUGGCUCCCAGAUCAUUUACCCGCAAACUUAAUUAUUUUCUUGGAUCAGUAUGUUCUCUAGCUGCAUUCAUUUGGAUUUAUCUAGAUAUAGAUUAUGAUUACAAAGUCUAUUACAUUUAUGUUGUUGCCGUGCUUAUUGGUUUUGGUGGAUCUCAAAUGCUUGUAACAAGUCUGUCACUGACAGCUGACCUGGUGGGCGACAGAACCGAGGCAUCUGCCUUUGUAUAUGGUCUCAUGAGCUUUACAGACAAACUGUCAUGCGGAGCUGUAAUUGCUAUAAUACAAUUGUAUGCCGAUGGUGCGAGUUCUGAUUACUAUCGCAGUGUACUCUCCGGGGUGUGUGGAGGGGCCACUGUGCUAGGACUUAUUUGUACGCUAACGACGCCAAAGUUAACGCCCGAUCAACAAGUAACUGAUGAUAAUAAUCCAUCUAUCAAUACAAUUGAAGAAACUGGCCCACCAACGGAUUUGCUAUAAAAUAUUUAAACCAUAUACACCUGUGUUAUAAAUGUCUAAUUCCACUUAGCUGCUAGCGGUGAGACUGUCAUUUCGCACAGUAAUCGGCCAUGCCAGUGGAAAUAGGUACUAUAUGUUGUAUUGUUGAAUUUAAUUUGUAUACUUUAUGUACUUACCACAUAUCAUAUUGGAUUAUAUAAGGAAUUAUAAUAUGGAAUUUGCGAGGUAAAGUUAUAUAAAUUUAUUUCAGUAGCUUUUGUGAUAUUAUAC